AUGGACAUGAUGGAUGACUGCCAGUUCUCCCCUUCCGAGUACUUCUACGAUGGCUCCUGCAUCCCGUCCCCCGAAGGGGACUUUGGGGACGAGUUUGAGCCUCCAGUGGCCACCUUCGGCGGGCAGAAAGCUGAGCUGCAAGGCUCGGAUGAGGAUGAGCACGUGCGAGCACCGACGGGCCACCACCAGGCCGGCCACUGCCUCAUGUGGGCCUGCAAAGCGUGCAAGAGGAAGUCCACGACCAUGGAUCGCCGAAAGGCAGCCACCAUGCGCGAGCGGAGACGCCUGAAGAAGGUCAACCAGGCUUUUGAGACGCUGAAGAGGUGCACCACCACCAAUCCCAACCAGAGGCUGCCCAAGGUGGAGAUCCUCAGGAAUGCCAUCCGCUACAUUGAGAGCCUGCAAGAUCUCCUGAGGGAGCAGGUGGAGAACUUCUACAGCCUGCCUGGCCAGAGCUGCUCGGAGCCCACCAGCCCCACCUCCAAUUGCUCUGACGGCAUGCCUGAAUGCAACAGUCCCAUGUGGUCCAGAAAGAGCAGCAGUUUUGAUAGCAUCUACUGUUCUGAUCUACCAAAUGUAUAUGUUACAGAUAAAAACUCCUUAUCCAGCUUGGAUUGCUUAUCCAGCAUAGUGGAUCGGAUCACCACCUCAGAACAGCCUGAACUGCCUUCCCAGGACCCAGCCUCUCUCUCCCCAGUUGCCAGCACUGAUUCACAGCCUGCAACUCCAGGGACCUCCAGUUCCAGGCUCAUCUAUCAUGUGCUAUAA